AUGGUAUGCUACGAAAACACUGUUUCCUGUGCCGUUGUUGGUGAUGGAAUGGUAGGCAAGACAUGUCUUGCUAAAAGAUUUGCUGGAAGCCAAUUCUCAGACAAAUAUGUUGCUACGGUUGCAGAAACAACAACUGGGUCCGUGUCUGCCUACGGUGACAAAUACAGCGUCAAUAUCUUCGAAAUUCAAUCAGCAAGAUGCAAAACAAUAACAGAAGCUGACGUCAUUGUUGUAUGCUACAGUGCAGUUGACAAAGAAUCAUUUGAAAACGUCAAAUCCUUUUGGGUUCCAAUGGUCAGAAAACUCCAUAAGAAGAAACCAAUUGUUUUAGUGGCUACACAGAGUGAGAUGCGUGAUGAGAAUAAUACUGAUCAUGUAUCAGACGCUGAAGGACAAAACUUUAUGAAAUCAAUUAAUGCGGACUAUUACAACAAAUGUUCUGCUGCUACAAAUGAGGGAGUUAAGAAUGUCUUCGAAAGUGUCGUCUGCGCCGCUAUUAGAUAUAGAAAAAAGAAAACCAAUGUGCUUAAACGUGUUUUUGCACGAUGA